GGCAGACCCUCUGGAAAUAAAGAACCUGGCAUCAGACCCGUCCUACGGGGAUGUGAUGAAGAGAUUACGACAGAGUCUGCAGCAGUGGCAGUGGGAGACAAGAGACCCUUGGCUGUGCGUCAGAGCCGUUUAGACAUGGAGAGGUCCGUUCGGUUUGCCGUUGUGUGCGUCGGCCUUUUUCUGCUCAUUUCCUGCCAUCCCAUCGAAGCCUGGUACAAGCAGUCGACCGGACCAAGUUACUACUCGGUGGGUCGCGCCUCCGGUUUGCUGUCCGGAAUACGAAGGUCGCCGUUCAUCCGAAGGUCCGAGUCUGAGGAGGCAGUGAUGGACAGUGGAAAGGCUGCGGGCAACAACAAUGUUCCUGCAGAAAUCAGCGAGCAGAUAUCGGUCCUUAAGAACAUGGCCAUCUGCGUCAAGGACAUAUCUCCAAACCUGAAAAGCUGUGAGCUGCUCCAGGACGGAACGGGCACCUUCCACUGUACGGCGAACGUCUUCCUCACUCUGGACUCACUGGACUGUCUGUCCGCAUGAACUGCGGUCAGAACCUUCGGAGCGGGUCCGCGUCCGCCACCGUGCCCUGGGAGCUCCUCUUCGGAAACUGACUGUCAGGGGAUGAGUGCGUUUUGGGGGAUGGCGCAGAGUAAAAUCUAAUCGAUGAAUGUUUGGUUUGUUUUUGUUUUCAUCUGAAAACAAUGUUAUUGUACUUUUCUGACAUGAAAUACAUAAUACUAAGGUAGAAGAAGUGUGGAGAGUAUUUCUAUGCAUUUUUAUUUAUUAUAUUGAUUAAAAUGUACACUGAAAACAU